AGGCAGCAUCAAUGGUGUGGUCCAACGGGUCGCGGUUGGUCCAGGUCAGGAACAGCGGCACGUCGUCACUUCACUUUGACGCACAUCAUUCACGCUGACAUCAAACUUUUGAUAAAAAAUAGUUUCUUCCGAAUUAAAGACACAAUUAAUGUUUAAAAAAUGUCCGAAGACUCGUGGGCGGUUGCUGUCGACUUUCAAGAAGCCACAAAUCCAUCAACACAGUUUGACUUCUCAAAGAAAGUUGAGCGAGUGCUUGGCCCUCGUAACAUAAGAAGAGACAUAAAUGGCAACUUAUUGCCAGAGAAGACUGAAAAUGGAGGUUCGAAAAAAGACACAGAGAAAGUGGACCUGGCGGAACAAUCCCUGUUAAAUAAGAUGAUCCGGCGCUCUCUGGUGCGGAACAGAAACCAGGUGGAAGUCCUGCAGCGGGACCCCACCUCUCCUCUUUACUCCGUCAAGACAUUCGAAGAGCUGAGACUGAAACCUGAGCUGCUGAAUGGUGUGUACAACCUGGGGUUCAACAGACCAUCCAGGAUCCAGGAGAACGCCUUGCCCAUGAUGUUGGCACAGCCACCUCAGAAUCUGAUCGCCCAGUCCCAGUCUGGCACGGGUAAAACCGCUGCUUUUUCUCUUGCCAUGCUCAGCCAUGUAAACCCGGACAAUAAGUGGACCCAGUGCCUUUGCAUCGCACCAACAUAUGAGCUCGCUCUGCAGAUCGGCCAAGUAAUCGAGCAGAUGGGGGCAUUCUGCCCCGAUGUGAAACUGGCUUACGGCAUUCGGGGCAACAGACCGGAGCGAGGCGUCAAGUUGCAGGAGCAGAUUGUCAUCGGAACACCAGGCACAGUCCUCGACUGGUGCACCAAGUACAAGCUCGUUGACCCCAAGAAGAUUACGAUGUUUGUGCUCGACGAGGCUGAUGUGAUGAUCGCCACGCAAGGCCAUCGGGACCAGAGCAUUCGGAUCCACAGACAGCUGACCAAGGACUGCCAGAUGCUCCUUUUCUCUGCAACCUUUGAGGACUCUGUGUGGAGGUUUGCAGAGCAGGUGGUUCCCGAUCCCAACAUCAUCAGGCUGAAGCGUGAAGAGGAGACACUGGACACAAUCAAGCAGUUCUAUGUGCUCUGUAGGGAGAAGGAGGACAAGUUCACAGCACUCUGUAAUCUCUAUGGAAGCCUUACCAUUGCACAGGCCAUGAUCUUCUGCCAUACUCGCAAGAUGGCUGCUUGGCUGACUGCAAACCUGACCAACGAGGGCCACCAGGUGGCCUUGCUGAGCGGGGAAUUGACCGUGGAGCAGAGGGCUGCCGUCAUCGAUCGCUUCAGGAACGGCAAGGAGAAGGUCCUGGUGACCACAAACGUGUGCUCCAGGGGUAUUGAUGUGGAACAAGUGUCUCUCGUGGUCAACUUUGACCUCCCUGUGGACAUGGAUGGGAACGCCGACAACGAGACCUACCUUCACCGGAUUGGCCGCACAGGACGCUUUGGCAAAAGAGGAUUUGCUGUCAAUAUGGUUGACAGUAAACACAGCAUGGAUGUCAUCAACCAAAUUGAGAUGCAUUUCAACCGGAGAAUCACGAAACUUGACACCAGCAAUCUCGAAGAAAUGGAAAGCCUGAUCAGCUGAAUGCUUCGCUACGAGCACGACCACAUACUGACGCCGCUAGUUGUUACCUCAUGUUUGACCUGAGUUCUUUCCAGGGUUUAUUGUUUACAGAAGAAUGAUGUAUACUAAUAUUGACUUUGAAAACGUAUUAACUAUGCAGACUUAUUUCUCGGCAGUCACUUAUGCCAUAGUUCUUUAAUUUAAUGUGUGACUUUGAUCACUGAAGUCACCUUAAGCCUUUAAGCUGUCUCCCAGAGACUAUAAACCAACCACGAGCUGUUAAAACGGCAUUUAGAAGAGUGGUGUUAAUAUCUGUUGGAUUAUCUGAAGUGAAUUAUUACUGUAGCAAUGGUGGGAUAUUAGAAUGUGUCUCAUCUAUAGAUCAAGGUUGAGUUCAGAUAAAAUAUCCUUUUGAGUGAGUUGAAGCAUUUUAAGGAUUAAAUGCCUAUUUCAGCCGUAGGUGUAGUCGACAAUUUACUGAUAACUUAAUUUGAUGUUAUACCAAUGACUGUGAAGCCAGCGCUGUUGCUCAUUUUUGUGUGUUUAAAAAAUAAAUAUAUUGUUGCAUA